ACGUGUUCUGGCGCACGUCACUUCUUGUUGAUGUUGUGAGGAAGAUGGCAGCCCGCUGGAGCAGCGAGAAUGUGGUGGUUGAGUUUAGGGAUGCCCAGGCCACCGCGAUGUCAGUGGACUGUCUGGGGCUCCACGCCGUGCUAUCGGGUCGGCGUUUCCUGUAUGUGGUGAAUCUGGAGAACCCGUCUGAAGCGCCGCGUAAGAUCAGCCGUCAGAGCAAGUGGGACGUGGGCACGGUGCAGUGGAAUCCCCACAGGGCUCAGUCCCGGGUUUUUGCUGCCUCUAGUAACCAGCGGGUAGACCUUUAUACGUGGAAAGAUGGCUUUGGGGAGGUCCACGCAUCUCUGCAGGGACACACGCGAGUCAUCAGUGACCUUGACUGGUCCUGGUUUGAAGCUGAGUACCUCGUGAGCAGCUCUGUGGACACCUAUAUCUACAUCUGGGACACUAGAGACCCCCGGAAGCCCUUGGUGGCACUCUCUGCAGUCGCCGGAGCUUCUCAAGUCAAAUGGAACAGAAAGAACCAGAACGUCCUGGCCUCCAGUCAUGACGGAGAUGUCCGCAUAUGGGACAGAAGGAAACCCAACACAGCGGUGGAGUAUGUAGCCGCCCAUCUGUCCAAGAUCCACGGGCUGGACUGGCACCCGGACAACGAGUACAUCCUGGCCACGUCUAGUCAGGACAACUCUGUCAGGUUCUGGGAUUACAGACAGCCGAGAAAGUGCCUCAACAUCUUAUCGUGCCAGGUGCCGGUGUGGAAGGCACGAUACACACCCUUCUCCCACGGCCUGGUGACGGUCAUGGUUCCCCAGCUGCGCCGGGAGAACAGCCUGCUGCUGUGGAGCACGCUGGACCUCAACAGCCCCGUCCACGCCUUUGUGGGCCAUGACGACGUGGUCCUGGAGUUCCAGUGGCGCCCGCAGAAAGAAGGCUCCAAGGACUGCCAGCUGGUCACCUGGUCCAGAGACCAGACCCUGAGGAUAUGGCGCGUGGAUCCACAGCUGCAGAAGCUGUGUGCCAACGACACGGUGGAGGAGCUGCUGGAGGGUGUGGCCCUCAGCAUGGAGCCGGAGAGGACCCAGUCCUCCCAGGACCUGGAGCCCCAGCAGAGCACAGCCCCCUUGGCUGAAGACCUGCAUGACCCGGAGCAGGCGGCCCUGGGCUCCAGCGGGGCGCCCCAGACCCUGCAGCAGGAGUUCUCCUUGGUCAACCUGCAGAUCAGGAACGUCAACGUGGAGAUGGAUGCUCUAAACCGGAGCUGCGUGGUCUCCGCCCACCUGGGCAGCCACCAGGUGCGGCUGGUGGUGAAGUUUCCCGCCCAUUACCCCAACAACGCCGUGCCUACCUUCCAGUUCGUCUCCCCCACCAGCAUCCCCUCUGCCAUGAGGACCAAGAUCCAGAAGAUUCUAACGGACACGUCACUGCAGAAGGUAAAGAGGAACCAGAACUGUCUGGAGCCGUGUGUGCGACAGCUGAUGUCCUGCCUAGAGUCGGACAUGACCCAGGAGGACGGUCCGCCCGCCAGCCCCUACGUCCUGUCGAACCCGGUGACCCCCGCCUUGCCCGCCUUUCCCAGGGUCACCAACACCUACGGAUCCUACCAGGACGCCAACAUCCCCUUCCCCCGCACCUCUGGAGCGCGCUUCUGCGGCACUGGCUGCUUGGUCUACUUCACGCGACCAAACACCAUGCACCGCUCGGUCCCGGCCUCCGAACCCACGCCGAGGUCCCUGUCGGCGCUGUCUGCGUACCACAGCGGGGUGCUGACCCCCAUGAAGAUGCGCACCGAGUCUCAGAGCACCCUGAGGUUGUACAGCGGGAGCCCCACACGCUCCGACAAGGACACCGUGUCCAUCUCCUCCUUCUAUUACAAGGAGCGGAAGCCCCCAAUGUCUGCCCUCCGCCGUUGGUCUGUCCAAACUAUCCAUGACUACCCGAAAUCCCGGAGGUUCAAGACCAAGCGCGAGGGGAGCGACUCCAGCAACCGACCCAUCAAGCUGGCGGGGAAGGUCAUCAUCCAGGAGAUCUCCUGCCUGCUGCCGGUCCACCGAGCACUGGGAGAGAGCUACAUUCUGAACGUGAGUGACAUCCAGGACACGUGUCAGAAGAACGCUGCCGCCGCGCUGGUGGUGGGCCGACGGGACGUGGCCAAGGUGUGGGCCCUGGCGUCCGCAGCCACCAGCCAGGACCUGGGACCGGACCCGGACCCGGACAUCGACACCCCCUGGGCCAGGCACCCCUUUGGACGACACCUGCUGGAGACUCUGCUGGACCACUACAGCCAGAUGAGUGACGUCCAGACCCUGGCCAUGCUGUGCAGCGUGUUCAGAGCCCAGGGACCUCCGGACGCCCCCUGCGGUCAGCAGCUGCCUCGCUCCGCCCUCCUCCCCCACCACUCGCGCUACCCCAGCUUCACAUCCAGCUCCCUGACCUCCGGCUCCUGCUCCAGUACGUCCGACUCCGUCCCCGUCGCCCCUUGGAACACCGCAACGGGCCGGGACUCUGAGCAUGGGGGUCCUUGGGGCGAGUCGUCACCUGAUGACUAUCGCUACGGCAACCAGGCCUACUCGGACCCGCGAGAACGAGAACGGGAGCAGCACGACAUGAACAAGAGGCUCCUGGACCCCACCCAUGUGCUGCAGUUUGAUGACUUUAAGAAGUGCUACGGGGAGAUCCUGCACCGCUGGGGGCUGAAGGAGAAGAGAGCCGACGUGCUCAAGUUCACCUCCUGCCCUCCUGAACCACACAAGGGGAUCGAGUUCGGGGUGUUCUGCUGCCACUGCCGCUCUCAGGCACGCGGGACGCAGUGCGAGGUGUGCCGGCGGCUGACCUUCCAGUGCGCCGUCUGCCACGUGGCCGUGCGCGGAGCCUCCAACUUCUGCCUGAGCUGCGGCCACGGCGGCCACACCAGCCACAUGAUGGACUGGUUCAGCCGUCACGACCAGUGCCCUGCGGGCUGCGGCUGCCACUGCCUCCAGCAGAGCACCUACUAACCCUAACCCUGCUAGCCCCAUCCCAUCCAAACCCUAACCCUUAUUACCCAACUCUAACCCAUCAAACCCUUGCCCUUUUAACAUAACCCUAACCCAUCUAUCCCCUUCAGCCUAAUUCUCAACCUUACCCUGCUAAUCCUAACCAUUUUGACCCUACCCCUUACCUUAACCCAGUUCAUUUGGGAUCUGUUCGAUGAAGCAGGUUGUCUUUUGGCCGUGUGCUUGCGAGCCGUAAUUAUUGAAAAUCAGAAGAUUGUAACUUCAGUUCUUUGAAUAUACUGUCACCCACAAAUGAAAAGCUACAGUUGGGCUGUGAUAAAUGGAAAAACUACCUUAAAACUGUUUGUUCUAUCUGUAUAUUGAAAUUUUGUACAAACGA